CAGUCUUUGGCAAACGAAAAGCGUAACCGCCCUCUUGAGUGUUCACCAUUUCUCUCUUUUUCCGACGCCCACACACACAAACGCGCAUUUGGUUUCUAUUUUCCGGUUAGCACUACUUUCUCGGAUUCUCCGAUGACUGGCGGCGAGGAGAGUCACCGGACGGGGACCUAAGAAGGCUCUCUCUGUCUGAUUCUCUGGAAGGCAUGUCCGAGGACAAGGAGCGGGCGCUGCAGACGUUCCGCGCGCUGGUGGAGAGCGCGGACAGGAAGUUCGGGCGCGUUCGAGACGUGGCGGCGUACGGAGGCGGCACGAGCCGACAGCAACAGCAGCAGCACGCGUUCCAGAAGGUGUUCAAGGCGUACACAAGGUUGUGGAAGUACCAGCAGGAGAACCGCUCGAAGCUGGUGGAGUGCGGGCUGAAGCGGUGGGAAAUCGGCGAGAUCGCGAGCCGAAUCGGACAGCUGUACUUCGGGCAGUACACUAGGACGAGUGAGUGCAGGUUCCUCGUCGAGGCCUACGUCUUCUACGAGGCCAUACUCAGCAGAAGGUACUUCCAAGGAUCCGAACCCAACGCCAAAGAUCUCGGUGUUCGCUCCAAGGAGUUGCGCUUCUACGCGCGCUUUUUGCUUGUUUCGGUCAUUCUUAACCGGACCGAGAUGGUUAACCACCUCGUCGAACGCUUUGGGGCUUUGGUUGAGGAUUGCAAGAGUACCUUUCGGGAAACUAACUUUAAGGAAUGGAAGCAAGUGGUGCAAGAAAUUAACCGUUUCACAAAAGUUGAUAAGGGCUUUAAUUUCAGACCCAUGCGAUAUUGUGCCACAUUUGAUACUCAUCGAGCAUCUCUUCCUUAUGUAGCUCGUUUUCAUGCUAAGAGAGUUUUAAAAUUUCAAGAUGCCAUGUUGACAAGUUAUCAUCGAAAUGAGGUCAAGUUUGCUGAGCUUACAUUGGACAUGUAUAGAAUGAUACAGUGUUUAGAAUGGGAGCCUAGUGGAACAUUCUACCAAAAGCAUACAUUUAAACCUAAGGAGAACGGUGACACAAUUGAUCACUCAGGAGCUUCUGGGAUAAUAGACAUGAAUCUCACUGCAGAUAUGACGGAUCCAAAUAUACCUCCUAAUCCUAGAAAAGCUACCCUAUACCGUCCAUCUGUGACACAUAUGAUAGCAGUAAUGGCUACAAUUUGUGAGGAACUGCCACCAGACAGUGUCGUGCUAGUAUACCUUUCAGCCUCAGGGAACGCUGGUCUUAAUAAUGUCUCUCAGGUAGAAAAUUCUGGAGGUUCAUCCAAAUCUUCAAGACACAGAGUCUCUUCUCAGACUUCCCAUGGACAGAAUUCUGGACUUUCUGAAACUCAAAAUAAUGGCAAGAGAGAAAGUGGCUAUUAUGACAAUUAUCUGUGGUUUGGUCCCAAGGGAAAUAGUGGUACAAAUAAUCUCUACCCUGGCGAUCUUAUCCCCUUCACUCGGAAACCUCUUUUCUUGAUUAUUGACAGUGAUAACAGCCAUGCAUUCAAGGUUUUACAUGGCGCUGAAAGGGGUGAAACGGCUGCUUUAUUCCUUUCACCCUUAAGACCAAUUUUCAAGAAUCCAUCUGAUGUAAAUUCCAAUAAUGGAAGCCAAUUUACCUUUUUUUUGACUUGUCCUUUGUCAGCAUUCUGCCAAAUGAUUGGUGUCUUCCCUAAUGAGGCUGAUACAGAUGUGUACAAUGAAGCAGAGAACAUAAUAGAUAAUGCUUUCACUGAGUGGGAAAUAAUUCUUUGCUCAUCAACUACCAUGAAUUUAGUAUGGGCGCAGGUUAUAAGUGAUCCAUUUUUGAGGCGGCUUAUUCUAAGAUUCAUAUUCUGCCGAUCCGUGAUCUCUUUUUUCUGCCCGCCUGAGGAAAGUGAACAGUAUCUGCCAAUUUGUUUACCCCAUCUACCCACUUCUGUUGCACCAUCGUCUGAAGCCGUGCGUUCAGCUGUCGUGCAACUUGCCGUGCACUUUGACGUUGCUGACUCCUUUCACUUUACUGAAACAUAAGAUUGGAUCUUAAAAAGUAACGACUAAACUGUUAGGGUUGCAUCCAGGCAUUGGAAGCUAAAGAUCCUCAGAUCAAAAGCAUAAUGAGUUGACCUUUCGGGAGACAGGGCAGAGAGUAUUUAUGUGGGGUCCUGGGCUGUCUGGUAAAAAAAGAAGUUGUUGGUAAUGGUUGCCUCUGCUUGUUGUGUUGCGUACUUCGACCCCACCUGCUUCAUUGAUCUCUCUCUCUCUCUCUCUCUCUCUCUAUAUAUAUAUAUACACACUGUAUUUGGUGGUUUGCUCUUUACUCUGUCAAGGUUAGGUCAUCAUGGAUGCCUGGUGAUUUUUCAUUUGUUUGGCCGUGGCAAGAUAAUUUUGUAUUUUUAGUGUGGCAAGAUAGUUGUUAGUUUAAAGUUAGUUGUAUUUGUUCAUA